GUGGCCUCCUCCGCAAAGAGGAGCGCCCCUGGUGGCAGGUCAGGGUAAGGCAUGGUGCCCAAUGGAAGCGGCGGCGCGGCUUCCUUUUCCUCGCAUCCUCCUCCUCCUCCUCCUCCUUCUUGGCCGGGAAUGAAUUGAGCGCCGGGCGGGCGCAGGGAGAGCCCACACAGAGAUGCAUUCCACUAGAGAUUAACCAUGGAGCUGGGGAAAGGAAAAUUGCUGCGAACAGGCCUCAACGCCUUAUAUCAGGCCAUUCACCCAGUGCAUGGAAUUGCCUGGACAGAUGGAAAGCAAGUGAUCCUGACAUCUUUAUACCUCCAUAAUGGAGAGCCCCAGUUUGGCAACUCCAAUGUUGUUGGUCAGUUUGAACAUGUUCAUGGGCUUCACUGGGGCCCGUCUUGUGGUGCAGAUCUCCCUGCACUCCUUGCUAUUCAGCAUAAGAAGCAUAUCACCAUGUGGCAACUCUGUUACAGUGUUUCAGAGAGGAACAAACUGAUGGUUUAUCAAAUCAGUGAAAUUAGUGAGUUGUUCCCGAUACUCCCACAGGGGUGUGUGUGGCAUCCAAGCAAAGAAAUCUUGGCUGUGUUAACGACACGAGACACUUCAGUCCUGCACUCGAUUCGGGUCAACAGUUCCAGGAUCAAAGCGGAUAUUAAAGGCACUGGUCUCAUCCACUGCGCUUGUUGGACUGAGGAAGGCAACCGCUUAGUGGUGGGGAUAGGCAGUGCCCUCCAUUCCUAUGUUUGGGAUGAUGAUCAGAAAAUGUUGAAUGCCUGCUCUUUUUGCCCAAUAUUUGAUGUGGGAGGCUACAUCUGUGCCAUUGAAGCUACCUUGAAUUCCCAAGUAGCUGUGGCUACUGAACUUCCAUUAGAUAAAAUAUGUACUUUAAAUGCUGGAAUUUCUUUUGAGAUCCCGGCUGAGGUUGUGGGAAACUCAGUUCCAUCCCAGACUACCUCACUGAGCUGUGAAGAAGAGCUCUCCGUAGAUGUUGGAAAAAAGAUCCCAGACCAAGAAAAACCUGGGUCACUUGUGACUUCGGCAUCUUCUCCUGUGGAUCUGACCCAUCUCUCCUCAAACAAACACCGGUCUGAUAAUAGUCCUCUUAUUAAUCUAAAACCCAAGGAUUACCUCACUGGAAGUGGCCAAGAUGCCUCACACCUGAUCUUGGUGACAUUUGAAAGAAAAGUGACAGCUACCAAAAAGGUCAGCAUCCCGGGUAUCCUGGUGCCGGAUAUAAUGACUUUUGACUCAAAAGCUCAGACUGUUGCUGUCGCCUCCAACACUUGUAAUCUAAUUUUAGUUUACUCUUUAACAUCUUCUCAUUUGCCCAACAUUCAACAGAUUCAGCUGGAGAAAAGUGAGAGGCCUAAGGGAUUAUGUUUCCUCACAGAUAAGCUCUUGCUAAUAUUGGUUGGAAAACAGAAGUUAACAGACCCGGCUUUUCUUCCGUCCUCACGCUCAGACAAGUACAUUCUCCGCUUGAUGAUCAAAGAGGUUGUAGGCAAAGAGAGUUCUUCUGCACUUUCAGGUGUUACCCAGGUUUGCUUCACAAACAUACCUGUGAAGAAAGAGACAAUUGAAACACAAAGUUCAGACACUCAUCCCCUGAAAGAUGGUUUGCUGCUUCCAGGUUGCAAUGUCCUUCAGUCUCCUAAAAACAGAAGAAAACUCAUUGAAGAAAUAAAAAGCACUGCAACUGAUCAGAGCCUGUCAAUGAAUAGGAUUGACUCCAAGGACAAGAAGCUUCCGAAGGAUUUCCCGCAGGCCCUGGAGGCUUUAGAUAUGGAGCCAACCAAUCGUUCGCUGGCUCUUCAAGGACCUGAAUCCUCUUCGGAAGUGUACAAUGUACCCAUUUCACAAAACAAACCACUCCACAGUCCUCAUGAAAUCUCAAAUGCCUCCAAAACGAACUUACUGCGAAGCGACAAGGAAGCUAGUUACAUCUCUAAAAAUCUGGAAAGACUGUGCAGCAGCUUUGCAGAAUUGCAGCACCAGCUUUUUGAAGUAACAGAACUUCUGAAGUCUGGGAAAAGAACUGUUCCACGAUACCCAUCUUCUCGUGAACCCUCUUUUGUUAACAUCAUUUACCAGAAAGAGUCUUCUGGAACUGUCACACCUGAAAAACGAGCAGUUAUUCUUUGCGAUGGCAAACUUCGUUUAAGUGUCAUUCAGCAGAUUUUUAAUCUGGUUCUCAUUGAAAUGCAGCAUGGUUUAUCCUGGAUUGUUCUUACUGCCGACCAAGAAGACUUUAUUCCGUUAACCUUUGAUACCCUGCAGGAGGUCGUCAUAAGAGAUGCUAAUGCCAGCUCUAGCAGUUCUUCCAAAACGCUGGAAGCUGUCAGUUCCACAGGAGGAUACAGGAAGCUCUCCUCUCAAAGCCUGGACAUUGACACCAGUUCUAUGGACGUCCUGAGAGAAGGUUCUUCCCAGAGUCUCGUACGGAGCAGCAGUUCUUCGGUGCAAACCACCACACCCUCCUAAGCAAGCGAAAGUGGUUCAAGCGAGGACAGUUGGGUAGUGCCCCUUGACUAAAGCUGGGGUUUUACCGUCUUUUAUGUCGUGUAUUGUACAACUGUGUGGUACUUUUCUGUGUUGUAGGUCAUGCCUUGCACUCUCAGUCUGGGGGAAGGGUCUGUUUUAUUUCAACAAUUUUGCCACUUUGCGCAAACUACAAGUCACUUCCAUUAUGUAUUUAAAUGAUCUGCCUGCCAACUUUUGUAGACCAAGUUUGCAUGAUGACUCAGUCUCUGUUAAACCUGUUUGCUAAGCUGACUCAACACAUUUGCAUUUCACACUGAAUCACUAGUCAUAUUUCUCUACUAAAUACAAAGUUAGCCAAAGCAAAAACAGGUUGGGGUAGGAGUGCUAUUUACAUUUACUCAGGAGAAAUCUUGUUGGCAUGAAGACACAGGAAAGUGUGUGAAUGUUGUUGCUAGUUACUUGUUGAAGUAGAAAACAAAAGUGGGUCAUUUAUUAUAAUGUCAUAUAACAAAGUCCUGCAACUUCUAUUUAUUUGUUAUUAUACGGAGAUAAUUUUGUAUUUUAUCAGUGCCUGUUGAGAAUGCUAUGCACUUCAACAAGUUAUUUAGCUCAGUUUAUGAAAUUACUCACUAGUUUGUACCAAAGUCCUUUUGGAGCAGUGGUUCUCUACCUGUGGCCCCCCACGUGUUUCGGCCUACAACUCCCAGAAAUCCAAGCCAGUUUACCAGCUGUUAGGAUUUCUGGGUGUUAAAGGCCAAAACAUCUGGGGACCCACAGGUUGAGAACCACUGUUGUAGAGGAUAACAGUACUUGCUUCUGAACAUAACACAUUUCAACUCUAUCUUCCUUCAAGGAGCCCACUAGGCAUGUUUACACUAUGCAUGUACAGAAAGUGAACAGCUCUAGGUUGUUUUCAGAAGAAAAAAAAGAGGAAAUGUGUAUAUUCAUAACAGCUGUAUGCAGGCUGUUUGCUAGCAAGUUUGAAAUGGUGUUACAGCCUUUGUAAUUACCCUUUGUAAUAAUUGUGCUGGACUGUUUUAAGAUGUUUGGGAGAAUGCUGAUAGUACAAAAACCUGUUGACCAUGUCUUAUCAAAAGAAGACUUCUUCGGGCAGUUUUGAAAUCAGUACGCUGAUUGACUGUGAAUAACUGGGCCUAAUUCAAGAGUUUUAGUACUUGUUAUAAAGCCCUACAUGGCAGACGACACAAGUAAAUGAAGUUUUCCUGUACUGACCAACCUGGGAUUUGAGCUUAUCUGGAGUUGCUCUGCUUGUGCUGCCUUUAAUGAAUGUAAUUUAUGUGGCAACCACAUAAAGCAGGACUUUCUUAUUGGUGGUAUCCAAAACAAUGGCACUCCCUCAUGGUGAAGAUCUAGUUGUCCUUCCCUGACACCUUGCUGUUGUCAUUUAGGCACCAGCUGGAAACAUGUUUAUCUGUGUGAGCCUUUGGGACAGUGUUUCUCAAACUGUGCUCCUCCAGAUGUUUUGGACUUCAGAUGUUAGGAAUUGUGGGAGGUCCAAAACACCUGGAGGAGCACAGUUGUGGGACAGAUAAAUGCUACAUUGGUGUUACUACCAUGUAUUAUGUCGUUAUCUCAGAAUUAUGAUUUUAAUAGUAUUUAUGUGUUGGUGACUUCUGGACUGAAUAUGAGGGUGCCUCACUCCAGGAUGAUGGACAGAGGUUCUCCACCCUUGCUCAAUUCAUGAGCUGCCUGUGUAUAUAGGACUGUUUUUAUGUACAUUUUUAGCUGCCCUGGCCUCUUUGCAGGAAGGGCGAAGUAUCAACUAAAUAAAGCCACUAUAAAAUCUUUAGAA